UCUACACGAACAGCCAUAUAAAACAUUUGCUAAUACAAAGACUGUAUGGUCGAACGCCAGAUCGAACAUUGAUAUUUCAGGGUUAUUUGGUUAGCGAACAAGUGGCAAAUCACCGACAUUUCGCCUCGUCGAUAGUUUUGACAGCCAUGAUGUAUAUCGUAUACUGCAAACCUGUUGACAUUGUGUGUGAUAUCUAUGUUGGAUUUCCUCUGUAAAUUUUUAUAUACAUAAUGGAUUUCGAACGGUAGGCUCCCUACCUAUGAUUUACCUGUGAUCUACCUGUGAGAGGUAGUUAUCUACGUUAGAUUUACCAGUGUUGUCUAGCGAGUGAGAGCCGUAUUUAUAGUUACCCGACAUUGUAUGUUCGAUCAAGGAUUUGACUGCUUGAACAAUCAUCGCAGUGAAAGAUUGAAAACACAUCAUUCAAGAUGGGAUUAGAUCCUCGUCAAUUCGUUGAUGCAGUGGAUGAAAAAUACAUAUGCAAAUUAUGCCACAAAGUCUUUCUGGAUCCAGUCGAGAACGUCUGUGGUCAUAUCUUCUGCAGCUCUUGCAUCAAAAAACGACUUAAAGGUGACAUGGCAAAGCGAUGUCCAGUGUGCAGUGCCCCGUUGACCACAAAAACGGCACAACCUUCGAUGGACUUCCGUUUAGAGCUAUUGAAUCUACAAAUUCGUUGUCACAAUAAAUGUGGGAAAACCUUCCCUCUGGCCAACCUUCCUGAUCACAUGGGGGACGAAUGUCCGAACACGGCCGUGCCCUGUCCGAACAUUUCGAAAGGAUGCAAGAAAAAAAUCCGCAGAUGUGAUAUUAAGAAACACGUUGAAGAAUGUGACUUCCGCGAAGUGGAGUGUGAAGCUUGUGGUUUCGUAACUGUGUAUUGCAACCUUUUUACUCAUCAGAGUAGAGUAAGGUGCCUUGAAAAGAAACUCAAACAGCAAGUGAUCAGAGAACAGCGUAACCAAGCCAAUGAUAUCAAAAGACAUCGGUCACAACUCACAAAGUUAAACGUUCGCCGAGAUGUAGAAGACAGGAAGGCAUUUUUAGAACACGCUAGACAUCUUAAAAGUGGAAAACAUAAAAGGCACGGGUCCAUAGAAAAUCUAUCUGAUAACCAAACUCGUGAUGUCUUCUUGACAGAGCUCGUAAAUAACCAAGCUCAAAGUGAUGACGGGUCAAGUCCCCCUCCUCACCCUUCCAGGACAGGCCACGCCGUGUUUUCGUGUGUCAGGUGUAAAAAGCUGUACAACGCAAUGUCUAACAACGAGAAAGCAUGUCGAUGGCACGCAGGGAUUGAUGUCUAUAAAGAGGAACAAGUUAUAUUUUACAAACUUAUUAAUAUUAUUGCUCUUCUUUUUCACCUGCCUGUGUUUCUUCCUAACAACGCCACCGUUUCUACCAAACAGCCGACCAUGGAUGUGUUCGGGGGGACAUGCUUUGCUUGCGGGCGAGUUGACUAUCAGCCGGGAUGCAUGUUUGGACACCACCAAUCUUGACCAAGCCAACCAAGUAUAUAGCUUGGCCAGAGACGACAAGUGCUAUGACGUCAUAUUGGAAAAACGAUGAAACAAUACCAGAAUUUUACUGUCAGUGAACGUAUAUAGAAGACAUUUUCUGAAGAAAAACUGAAACAUUUGUGAGGAAAAUGGAUGGAAGUUGAUACUUCCAUACAAACCGCUUUUGACCCGGCUGUGCACACACUAAUUAAGAUACUUUUCUUGUUAAAAGAUAAACGUAUUUCCAUAUAAGUGAGUUGAUAUUUAUUACGUAGAUGUUGAAUAUCACAUAUGCAACAUAACUUCACAUUCAAUUUCAACAAAUUUGAAAAUGGUACAAUGUCACUAGGAUUGGACAACAGGCUAAAAGCCAAAUCCUUUCCCUAAAUUUACAUUCCAAGGUGUCAUGACCUUUACACGUUUACUAAUAGUUUUGUAAGCUGGAUUAGCUGUCAGAUUAAUUUGGUCGCCUUUUUAUGUCGUUAACUGAAAUGUGUCUUUUCAAACGUGUUUAACUAAAUGACUGCACAAUGUACACCUGCAAGUAGAUGUAGAUUGAAGUAGGGAUUGAAAUUUAAAGAUCAGAAAAAAAAAUAGAAAUCGUUCUAUUUGUAUUUAUAUUUAUAUUUACAAGGCACUCCAACAAAGCUCAUAUGCCUUGCAUUACAGAAGAUUUUCUUAUCUAAUUUUCUGUGACCUGCAUCUUAAGAUGUAAAUUUCACGCAACACAAAUCUGAACAUUUUCACUCACAUAUUAGAGAUUGAAGAGCAUCAUUGGCACAGGUACAUUUUCUGUUAUGUCAUUAUAAAUACGAGUCCGAUAUUGGAUUUAUAUAAUUACCAACGGAGUGUUAUAUUGUUACUGAUCUUUGAAUUGUCCAUGUGUGAAAAUAACAGUAAAAGAAUAUUUUAAAAUGAUUUAAUGUCACAAUAUAGCAAAUAAGUGUUGAAGUCCACCUAAAUAUGCCCAUGUAUACCGAUAUGCAAUCGACACACAAAUAUAUAUCGUAGUUCAAGUAUGUAUACACAUUUAUGUCUGUAGAAAUAUAAAAUAUUUAA